AUGGUCGACCUUCCUGCUCCAAUUGGCGGAACCGUCCUAUCCUCUGACUUCGCGCCAGCUGUGGUCUUUGCCGCGCUCUAUGGCCUCCUUGCACUUCUCAUAGCCUAUCGGCUCUACGAUAGGCGCUCCAGGACCACGUUGCUCAUCGGGUCGAUCAUAUUUUCCGUCGAACGGAUCGUCAUUUUCUCACUACGAGCAUCCCAAGCACGCAACGAUGCUAUGCGAUAUUCUGGGGGGUUGCUCAACUACAUGCAAGUCAGUUUCGGGUUGGGGUUCGUCGGCCUCGCAGGAGAGCUUGUCGGGCUCCUGCGCUGCUUGCUCGUCAACGCUACCUACGGUUCGGAAACCUUCGCCCAGUCUCCGGCUGCGAUGACGAAAGGCUGCGUCACGGGUCCUCCUCCUGAAGGAACCCCCGACUUGAAGAGCACACGCUUUGCCGCGCGCCGGUUCGCGGAUGUUGCGGGCUUUGCGUUCCUCGCUGCGACGGUGCCUGGAAUAAUCGCAAACGCGGAUUUCAGUAAGGCACAGAAUGACCAGGACCAGGCGGACAAGACGGCACGCUUGAGAUAUGCGAGCACGGCGACUGUGUUGGGGUUCAUUUUGGUUUUGUUCGCUAUCGUGAUGUGGGGACGGAUGAGACUUUCGAGGAUAAGUCGGCGUGGUGUGGGUGUCAUUUUAUUGCUCAUGAGCCUGCUCGCCACUGUCGCCAUAUAUCGCCUCAUUGUCAUGCGUUUCAAAACCACGUCCAUUAGAGAAUUCAGCCCACUAAAUUCUCCCGGUUCGAAGGCAACAUUCUACGUCUUUCAUAUGCUACCAGAGUGGCUCUUUGGUCUGAUCGUAUUUGGCGGCAAUUCGCGGCAGACCUUUGGUACUGGCCGUUGGGGAGACUGGCGCUCUCGGGACGAGACCGAAAAGGAGAAGGCGCUAAGGGAGAAGAAGAAAGCUGAAUCUGACAAUAAGAAGGCUGAGUUAAAUGAGAAGAAGCGAAUAGAACAAGUCGAGUAG